AUGACAAGUCUUAUAAUCUGGGAUGAGGCUCCAAUGGUCCACAAACAUGCUUUUGAAGCUGUCGAUAGAACAUUCAAAGAUAUAUUAGGAGCAGAAUGUUCUGAAAAUGUAAACAAACCUUUCGGUGGAAAGACAUUUGUGCUUGGGGGCGACUUCAGACAAAUACUUCUAGUUAUUCCAAAAGGAUCUAAACAUGAUAUCUUACAUGCUUCUAUUAGUUGUUCAUAUUUAUGGAGGGACUGUAAAGUUUUAACACUUACUAAGAAUAUGAGAUUGCAAACACAAGUUAGUGAAAGUAAUACAAUGUCUAACUCUGACUUUAGUAAGUGGGUACUUGAUAUUGGAAAUGGAGAUAACAUGUGUAAGAAAAAUGCAUUUCAUGAUCAGGAUUUGUUAGUUGAGAUACCAGAUAAUUUUAUAAUCCAUGCGAAUGGUAAUCCGAUUGAUGAGGUUAUAUCGUCUACAUAUCCUAGAUUGAUGCAGAAUUACUCAAAUGAAGAGUAUUUAGAGGAAAGAGUUAUACUAAUAGCAAGGAAUGAAGUUGUUGACAUAAUUAACAAUGAAAUUCUAGACAUCGUUCCAGGGGAGUAUGUUACAUAUCUAAGUUCUGAUUCUAUUUGUCCCACCUCGCCAAAUCUUGCAAGCAAUGAAAUAUUAUAUCCAACUAAAUUUCUAAAUUCACAGAAAUUCCCUGGGAUGCCAAAUCAUGAAAUUAAACUUAAAGUUGGUACUCCUAUCAUGCUUUUGCGUAAUCUUAGCCCGGCAGAUGGUAUUUGCAAUGGUACGAGAUUAGUUAUCACACAACUUCUUAAAUGGAUAAUAGAAGCUAGAAUAAUUAGUGGAAGUAAUAUUGGGACAAAGCAUUUUAUAUCCAGGACAGAUAUGACCAAUACUGAUUCAAAGUGUUAUAAGAUAACACUAGAGGUCGAAGAUUAUUCAGUCGUUUCCACGAUAACAUUAUUCAACAAAGAAGCUGAGAAAUUGUUUAAGGUUUCUGCUGAUGAAAUGUCUAAGAAUUUGGUGAAGGAUGUGUUCGCCCAGCAAAAUUCUGACGUUAUUAGCCUUACUGAAGAAGGACCACCAACAACUCCAUUGACUGCUCCUAUUUCAAAAUCUGUUUUGAAAAAUACUACUAACGUAAUGAUAAAACCAAAGAUUGAGAAGGCAGUCAACAACAAUUUGGUUGUAAAUAACAGCAUUGAAGUGGAAGAAAAGACUGGUAGUAUUGAGCAGCUCAAAUUGCCAAUGCAAGAAGGUAAGAUAGUCAAAAUUCAGGCCAGCCAUGCAUCAACGGAUGUAACAGUUUUACUAAAGGAAUUGGACAGUUGCAGCAUAGCGUGGAUGCAGUGGGUCUCUUACCUAAAACCAAACUUCAAGAAAAAAACUAGAGCAGGAUUGGCCGGUGGUAUGGAGAAGCCAGAGGGUGCCGCUGCUGUCGAUGCUCCUACCUACACUGCAACUGAGGACCGUGAUUGA